AUGCUCCCUGAAGGGAUGCAGUUGGAUCAAGAGAUUCUUUUAGAAGCCGGUGCGCAACUGCACCGACUGAAGAUGUUUCCGUAUUUUGACAUUGCUCAUUAUAUUCUGAUGAUAAUAGAAGUGAGAGAUGACUUAGGUGCGAAUGCAGGUAUUUUCUCUCGUAAACAUCCUUUGUCAUGCUGGCUCUCAUCGAUGUUGAUGUGCUUUGCCGAUUCAUUCCUUGCCAACUUCCUCCUGGGUGAACCAGUUAUUGCUCCAUUCAAACGACAUGAUGAUAUAUUCUUGGCGUCCAUCGUUUGGUACCUGGUGUUCUAUGCGCCAUUCGAUGGAAUAUACAAACUGGCCAAAGUAGUUCCUAUCAAGUGUGUCUUGGCGGUCCUGAAAGAAGUCAAGAGAGCGUAUAAGGUUUCUCAUGGAGUUUCCCAUGCUGCUAAGCUUUAUCCCAACUCGUAUAUGGUCCAAAUCCUGGUAGGAACAGCCAAAGGAGCAGGAUCAGGAAUCGUUAAAACAAUUGAACAGCUUGUUCGUGGCGUUUGGUUACCACAUCACAAUGAAGUUCUGAGACCCUCCCUUGCCACUAAAGCCUGUCUUGUUGGAUCGAUUAUUCUCGCCCUUGAGAAGAAUAGUGUGUAUGUUUCCAUCCCACACGACAUCGUUUACUUGGCAAUUGUUGGCUUCUUUGUAUAUUUCAAGCUCUCAGCUAUUCUCUUUGAUGUGACGGAUCCUUUUGCUCCUCUAGAAAAUCUCUUCUGUGCAGUAUUCAUGGGUGGAAUUUGGGAUGCUUUAUCGAGAGCUCUAGCAGCUGCUCGUGAACGCAGAGUAGCUGGUCAUCAUUCGUCAGAAAAUGGUUCAAUUUCGAAUGGAGAAAAGAAAGAUCAGUAA